GUGCUCCCGACUCCCGAUGGUGUGACCAUCAUCGACAUCAGUUCAGUCGCAUAGAAAGUGAAUCGAUGCUGCUGCAGUUGAUGGUGAUAAACAAGACGUGUAGUCGAGUGCAGUGCGGUGGAAUUUCUCUGCGCCCGAGUUGCCCGUAGGCGCACAUCCCGGCUCGGUAUCGAACUAUCUGCAUUGCUGAUUCUUGUCACGGCAAAUCUUCGGAACUCCUUUGAUUACCAAACCAACCGUUCUUUGUGGUUGAUUUGGUAGUCCAUACGCCACCCGAACCACCGGAACGCGCAGUGGGGUCGCGUGCGUGUCAGUGUUUUCUUCGUUUUUUGUGAAAGUCGUAUCAAACUCGCGGAUUAAUUAGCAUACGAUGAGUCGCGAUGUGUUUUUUUAUGUUUCCAUCUCCAUCCAUUAGUAGUGUUUUCAUUUUUUCUUGUUCUCGCCUUCCUGGAGCAAAGAGCUAGCAGUUUCGCUUGAUGUGUCGUACACCGUCUAGUCAUCACCGAACUCAUCCGAUAGAGCAGUGCAGUGUCUUGGCGUGGAAACAGAACCAGAUAGAGCGGAACUAUCAUGAGUGUUAUUGAUUUCAUUUUCAGUUUUUCUGUUUACAUUCCCCUGUUCGUUCUGUUGAUGUUUAUGUAAUCGCGCAGUCACACAUCGAAACAGAUCGAAACGUUUGGCGGCUGCUGUUCGCUCCCGUCAGCUCGACUGUCAAAUUUGCAAAAGCAACAACACUGAUUCAGUCGAAAUUAUCUAAGAACGAGGAGUGAUGAUAUUUUGCAAAACAGGCUGAUUUUUUGGCAAUCUCAGCUGAUUUAGGCUACAACGGUUAUCAAGAGCGACAGAAGCCAUACACGUCACAGCAACACGCAGGGUUCAUCGAACGUGUGCGGAUCGAAUCAAAACGAACUGCUGAAGUGAAAUAAGAUUGGGAUAGCGCAUUGAUAUACGCAGUGGUUUGAGAAAGUUGGCAAAUCAUUCUCCAACCACUGUUCAAAAUGAUCCGCCGCCUUUUUAGCACCCUCAUCACCGACUACCCUCCCGUGGGUGAGUUCCUUCCUGUGGCCUCCUCCAAUCCAUCGCAGUCGGCACAGAAUGGCUCUGCCAACAGUAGUGGGUCAACCUUUCGUUCGCCACACCUGGAAUCGCUCAACUGGCUGCACACUAUUUCACCCUGCUUCCCCGUAUCGGGCGAUCGUAUCGAAGUCAUCUACGAACCGUCCGCCUUCUACAACACCCUGGUGUCGAAAUGUGCCGUAGCCAAGCGGCGAAUUAUGCUGGCCAGCUUAUAUCUCGGAAUCGGUGGCAAGGAGGCCCAACUGGUAACCGCUAUCCACGACAAUAUGAAGCAGAACUUGCAGCUGAAGGUGGAUGUUCUGCUGGAUUUCACUCGGGGAACGCGAGGGGAGAAGAAUUCGCAAACCACUCUGAUGCCACUGCUGCGCGAGAGCGACAAUUUUCGGCUUUCGCUGUACCACACUCCGGUACUACGGGGUCUUACCAAAAAACUUGCGCCACCUCGAUGGAACGAACUACUCGGUAUACAGCAUAUGAAGUUGUACCUGGUUGAUGACACGGUGAUCAUCAGUGGAGCAAACCUUUCCAACGACUAUUUCACAAACCGACAAGAUCGGUACGUCAUGAUUGAAGAUCGCAAACUGGCGGAUUUCUACGCAGAUUUCCUCAAUAAGGUGCAGGAGUUCAGCUUGAAUGUAAACCGAAAUGGUGAGGCGUGUCUACAUGACGGUUGGGACAUGCUACCGUACAAAAGCGCCCAGGCGGAUUUUGCAGGAGAGGCUCGCGAGCGGAUACGGAAUUAUUUCAAAUCAGUGAUGGACCGACAAAGGACCGUCUGCGAAGAAGACACAGUUUCCGACACGUGGAUAUUUCCGCUAAUUGAGAUGGGACAGCUCGGAAUUCAUCACGACAGUUUGGCUACCAAGAGUCUUCUUUCGGGCUGUUUGAAGGAUUCGAAACUCAAACUUGCAACCGGAUAUUUUAACCUUACAGAAACCUACAUGGAUACGCUCACCAAAGACUGCCAAGCGGAAUGCAGUAUUCUGAUGGCUCACCCGAAUGCAAAUGGUUUCUUGGGCGCCAAAGGUCCAGCUGGAGGCAUUCCAGCGGCGUACUCACUCAUAGCGCGUAAGUUCUACGAAAAGCUUCAGCAAUCCGGCCAGGACCAUCGGGUGUCGCUGUUUGAAUAUGAACGAACCGGUUGGACGUACCACGCCAAGGGUCUCUGGUAUUACCUGCCCGGAUCAACGCUACCGAACGUCACCCUCAUCGGGUCGUCCAAUUUCGGCGAACGAUCGGUUAAUCGUGAUCUGGAGGCGCAAAUCUGCGUGGUCACUACGAACGGUGGGCUACAGCGAAAGCUGCAGUCCGAGUUCGAAAACAUCCUGCAACAUUCUACGACGGCGGAAGCGGAACUGACGGCAAGGCCGGUGCCGAGGUGGGUCCGGGCCGUGGUCGGACUGUUUAGGAACUUUUUCUAAGUCACACUCGCGUUGAGUCGAAAUCGAUGAUGCCAUGUCUUCCGCUCUGUCCCCAAGGGAGUAUGUGCGACUGUUGGAGCGGAUUUUUCUGAUUAUUAGCCGUGAAACAAUCGAAUCACCAAAUCUAUUUAGCUAGUUAAGAGCCAAUUCGUUGACUUGUUAAUUUAUUUUAACUUGCGACCUGUAGGUAAACAAAUUGUAAAUUUGAACGCUUACUCAACUUUUAUGAAGAGAUAAAGAGCCCUAUGAUAAUAAAAUACUUAUGCAACAAUGUUGGAUUACUGAAUA